CAUCCCACGGCUGAAUGUAAUUGGGGACGUCUGCCAUAGGAUAUAUAAUCAUUAAUACCUGAGCACGCUCCUUUCAGAGACGCAGGAGAAACAAGCCAGCUCAGGGUGACCAUCUGUAACAUCUUACCUGUUACUACUACAAUUGAACCAGCUACUACCACACCUGUACCCAGCAUCAUGCGCCUUGUAAGACUGACUGCGUUCACCUUGCUGGCUGCAGUUUGCUGUACACUACCAGCUGCAGCGACUAGAGUGGUCACCUGUGACAAUGGAGAAAACGUCCAGUUCCUGAUCUGUGAUUCUGGAGUGAUCUUCAUUGAGAGAGCUCUGUAUGGACGGACUGACGGAACAACAUGCAAAGAAGGACGACCUGCCAACCAGCUGACCAACACACAGUGUUCACAGACAGGCACCCUGGAGGUCCUCUCACAGAGGUGCAAUGGGAAACGGGUGUGUGAAGUGAACACUGAAGUCUUCCGUACUUCUGACCCCUGUGUUGGAAUCUACAAAUACCUGGAAACCACCUACACCUGCAUCCUAGCAACACGCAGCAUCACGUGUGAAGGCUCUGAUGCUCUCCUAGAAUGUGAUGAAGGUACGAUCCAGAUCCACAGUGCCAACUAUGGCCGCCGUGACCAGCUAGUGUGUUCCUUUAAUCGGCCCGCUAACCAACUAGCCAACACCAACUGUCUCAGCCAAUCCACCACUGCCAGUAAGGUGGCAAAGAGGUGUAAUGGGAAGAGCCAGUGUGACGUCCCGGCGUCCAGUUCUCUGUAUGGGGAUCCCUGUGUAGGAACCUACAAGUACCUGGAUGUGGCUUACACCUGUGGCUAAAUGUGAGGCAAGCACGCAUACGGAGAUCUUCUUAGGAACAAAGACCAGAGACUUGGAUAUCUUCCUCUGCAUUGGGUGGAUGUCUUUCUUUCCUGUCCUCUCCUCAUUUGAAAUCUCAAUUGAAUGUAAAAUCUGUAAAUUGCAUAUUUCCAUAUUCCAUAUUUCCAUGAACUUUACUUCAAAUAACAUUGUUACCAUAAUACUUAGUGCACUUUGUACUAAAGUAUUUCUUCUGAACUGUGCUGUUUGAUCUGAAUUAAA